GCGGUCCUAUCACAUUUGCAGAAGGGCGGGAGAAACUCAAGGAGCUGCGCGAGAAGGCGGGGCCCUCGCUCUCGUUACUCGUUCAGCACCGUGGACAGCGACUCGCGCUUGACUGCAGGAGACCCAGAGAGCGCGAGACGAGGGCUAUCAACCGAAGACUGGAGAUCUCCAUUGACUGAAGGCUGCACCCGCGCAACCCUGUCUUUGCUCGUGGGCAUUUUCGUCGGUCAACGGCUCUUUUUGUCAAACUGGUGGGGGAAGUCUCGUGCUCCUAGUUUGACGGUGCUAUCUUAGCUUCGUAAUACAUCGAUUCCCUGAUUCGAAACUGAUUUUUUAAAAGCUCCUCUAGCGCUAACUGUAGUUACAGGCGGCUGCUACACUAAUCAAAUUAGACAUUCGUGCCAGAUGAGCGUAGCCUACUUGUGUUCUGUGCCAGAGACGUGUGAAUGAAUGAUGUUUUAACUUGGGUGUAAUUGUGAGCUCCGGAAGAGGGAUGAAGUUGGUGAGUUCCCUUUCUGGUCGUGGCUUCGAUGCCCAGUAGACCUCCUCCACCAUCCCCACUCCUCCACGUUAUCCGGCUCAGCUUUUUCUUUUUCUCACUCUUUUCUUUUCUACCGUGCAUCUGCAGCUCGCGCAGCGGGUCCUGCCGCAGGAUGCGGGUUCGUUGUAACUGGCUGAAUUGCUCUGGAAAAUAAACAAGAAACGGGCGCGAGGGCGAGCAAGCCGUAGCUACCAGAGUCACAGCCUUUAAAAUCCUCCCGACCAAGCGAGGUCUGCCUGUCCGCGCGAUCUAUGCGCGUUUAACCACAGUGACUGCUGCUCGCCAUUCACAGAAACACAAUUCAGAAACGCCUAUUAGCACCAUGAAGAAGUUUCGGAAGGUGCUGGACGGUUUGACCACCUCCUCUCCUGCGAGCACUGGCGGAUCGCCCUCGUGCGGCAGUGCCGCUGGGACCCCCACUGCAGCACCGACCCCGCGGGAGAUCGACAUCCCGGAGACGCUCAUGUCAGAAAACUUCCAGAUUUGUAAGACGGUGCGUCAUGGCUUCCCAUAUCAGCCAACUGCUGUGGCCUUUGAUCCAGUGCAGAAGAUUCUGGCCAUCGGCUCCCGCUCUGGAGGAGUGCGCAUUCUGGGUCAGCCAGGAGUGGACAGCUUCUGCCAACACGAGAGUGGAGCCACCGUGCUUCAGCUGCAGUUCCUCAUCAAUGAGGGGGCGCUGGUCACCGCCUGCGCAGAUGACACCCUACACCUGUGGAACCUUCGACAGAGACGGCCAGCCAUCCUGCACUCCCUCAAGUUCAACAGGGAGAGGAUCACUUUCUGCCACCUGCCCUUCCAGAGUAAGUGGCUGUACGUGGGAACGGAGCGUGGAAACACCCACAUCGUCAACAUCGAGUCCUUCGUCCUGUCCGGCUACGUCAUCAUGUGGAACAAGGCCAUAGAGCUAGCAACCAAAACACAUCCUGGCCCUGUGGUGCACCUGAGUGACAGCCCAAAAGAUGAGGGGAGGCUGCUGAUUGGCUUUGAGAGUGGGACCAUUGUCAUGUGGGAUCUGAAGGCCAAGAAAGCAGAUUUCAGAAUCUAUUAUGAUGAGGCCAUCCACUCGGUGAGUUGGCACCAUGAGGGGAAGCAGUUCAUGUGCAGUCACUCAGACGGGAGCCUCAGCAUGUGGAACCUGCGCAACACAGCCAAGCCCUUCCAAGUCACAUUUCCACACGGUAAGUCGCAGAAGGAUGUCAGAAAAGAGUCCUGUAAGCCCAUCCUGAAGGUGGAGUACAAAACCUGUAAAAACAGUGAGCCGUUUGUCAUCUUUUCGGGUGGUCUGUCGUAUGACCAGGCAGGCCGGAGGCCGACGUUGACCAUCAUGCACGGCAAAGCCAUCACCGUGCUGGAGAUGGACCACCCCAUCGUGGAGUUCCUGGUGCUGUGUGAUACGCCCUACAUCAAUGAAGUACAAGAGCCUUACGCAGUCGUUGUCCUGCUGGAGAAGGAUUUCAUCGUUGUAGACCUGACACAGAGCAAUUUCCCCAUCUUUGAGAACCCCUACCCCAUGGACAUCCACGAGUCCCCGGUCACCUGCACGGCCUACUUCUCCGACUGCCCGCCUGAUGUCAUCCCAGUACUCUACUCCAUAGGGGCCAAACACAAGAAGACCGGCUACAGCCACAAGGAGUGGCCUUUGAGUGGGGGUACUUGGACUGUUGGAUCCCAGUCCUACCCUGAAAUCAUCAUCACAGGGCAUGCUGAUGGAACUAUCAAGUUUUGGGAUGCCACAGCCAUGACUCUGCAGAUGUUGUACAAGUAAAAAGCGUCCAAGGUGUUGAUUUGAGCGUGGAUAGUCCGGCGUGGUUAGUCGCAUCUGGCCCGGCAAAUCCGCACUGUCCAGAUGGUGAACUGGUGCCCACAGAGCCGCCUGCUCUGUGUGGCAGGCAUCUCCGCCAACCUCAUCCUCUUCCGCCUCAGCCGUCACGAGGCCAACACCAACAUCACCGCUCUGGAGGUGCGUCUGCACUGUGAUAUGGAUGAUGUCAUAUCGCCGUCGGACACACAAAGAACAAUCCCGUCUCAAUGGAACCAGUGGCCCUCCCCAACCCCACCGGACCCCGGCCCACCACACCUGAUAGCGCAGAGAUUUUGCGACCGGGACGGCCUCACACACAUCCUGGCUCUAGGGAACUGUAAUGGGCUGGCGGUGGUGGACUACCUGCAGAAGACGGUGCUGCUGUGUAUGAGCACUCUGGACCUGUACGGACCAGCUGACCCCUUCCAGCGCCUCACACACUCCCCACGCAAGAACAGGCAGUCCACCUCAGACCUGUGCAUGCGCGGCCUGUCUAACUUGUAUUCCGACUCAAAGAAACGGAUCCGCACGUCCUACCAGAGCCUUACGGAACUCUCCGAUAACCAAGUGUCUCUGGACAUGGAGCGCAGCAAGUCCCCAACCUCAGUACCCUACCCCCCCUCUCUGCACAAUGACCAGCGCGUUCAGGGAGACGGCCUGUCCAGCCUGAGGCCCAGUCACUACAGUCCAGUCUUUUACCUGCUGGACAAUGUCAAAGGGCCAGGCAGAAAGUUAAGUCUGCCCACUGAUCUAAAACCUGAACUGGAUCAUGUGAAUGGUCACUGCCCGAGCCCCGUGUCCUCCCAGCAGGCCGGUGUGGGAGGCGAGGGGCGAAUACCCGGGCGCCCGGGAGGGAGGAGCCUGGGGCUGGCCUUGGGGAGACCCUGGCAGGCAGCCCUUCCAGCCCAGUCAGCAUGCAUGGAGAUCUCCCUGCCUGUCGCUACGCACACCGAAGGCUAUGCGUCUCGGAGAGCGAUGCUUCAGCAAUUGCAUGGAGUCAGUAUGUACUCCCAUGACGAACACCACAGCACCUCCUACUGCUGGAGUGAGAGAGAGAGCAGGGAGAACUCGUUCAGUCGCUCUCGGAGCUCCAGCGUGUCCAGUAUUGACCGGGACACUAAGGAGGCGGUCAGUGCGCUGCAGUUCGGCGAGUCGUAUGGGCGUAAGGGGGAUGCGCUGCCCACGCCGUGCCUCUGGGUCGGGACCAGCCUGGGCCUGGUGCUGCUCAUGCCCCUGUCCAUCCCCACCGACGACCAGGAGCGCAUGGAGGACCCCGUCACUGUCGCACCCACCGGCACGGUGUUGAUGCUAAAAGGUUCUGUGCUGCGCUUUGCCUUCCUGGACUGCGGGGGCGCUGUGAUGCAGACACCGUACGAGGUGGCGUACUUGACCCCAACGUCCGGACCCCGGCGGCCGCGGCGGCGCUUGGUCAACUUUGCUCGCCGCUCGGAGGCCAGCGCGGAGGGCCAGCUGGCCGUGGUGUGCUCGGAGCGGCAGGCCAAGGUCUUCCUCAUGCCCUCACAGGCCUGCCUCUACGUGCACAACAUCACCGAGGCCUCCUUCGUCAUCCGCGCCGACAUCGUGUCCGUCUCCACCAGUAUCUGCCUUGCCUGCUUCCUCGCCAAUGGACACGUCAUGACCCUCAGUCUGCCCAGCCUGCGGCCGCUGCUGGACGUAAACUACCUGCCUCUGACGGACAUGCGCAUCGCCAGGACGUUCUGCUUCAGUCACGGAGGGCAGGCCCUCUACCUGAACUCCCCCACCGAGAUCCAGCGCAUCACCUACAGCCAGGACAUGUGCGACAACCUGCAGGAGAUGCUGGGGGAGCUCUUUAUUCCUAUAGAGACACCUGAGGCCCAGAACAGAGGCUUCCUCAAGGGCUUCUUUGGAGGCAGCGCGCAGACCUUUGACAGAGAGGAGCUCUUUGGCGAGGCGGCGGCAGGCAAGGCGUCGGGCAGCCUGGCGAAGCACAUCCCAGGGCAGGGGGGCAUGGAGGGCAUGAAGGUGGCGGCCAGCGGGGUGGUCGGGGACCUGGCGCGCGCCCGCAUCGCUCUGGACGAGAGGGGCCAGCGGCUGGGCGAGCUGGAAGAUCGGACCGCUCUAAUGAUGACCAGCGCAGAGUGCUUCUCCAAAAACGCCCACGCGCUGAUGCUGAGGUGUAAGGACAAGAAGUGGUACCAGUGGUAGAAAGGCUCAGCGGUGGAGCGCAUUCUCCCCUUCCACCAGGAGGGGGUGCUGUGGCUGUUGCUGUUCUGGAUCUUAAGUCUUCUAUGGAGAGAGGGAUGAAGAGAGGAGGAGGUGAACAGAUGGAAGAGAGGAGAGAGAGGGAGAGGGACAUAGGGGAUGGAUGGACACAGACUACCUUUGUGUUUGUCUCUGGUCUCUUGUACAGAAGACGUGGUCAGACCGCGCUGAGACGCGGACAUGUACCAUUUGUGUUAUUGAGGGAGGGGACGAUCCCCUCUCUGUUGGUGUGGAACAAACCAUCUGUGUAUGUUUUGUUGGGGGGAGGGGGGUUAGGCUCUUCUUACUGGAGGCAUAUGGGGAAUAGGCAGUGUAGAUAUUCAGAAUGCUAAGACACCACCCAAACUGCAUGAACACAAACAUGGAUGACCUAUUUACAAAGAGAAAGAAAAAAAGACAUCAAACUGCCAGAUUAAAAAGCAGCAUGUUACUUUAAACAAAGUGAACUAGAAAGAGAAGCCUUUAUUUAAUAACAUUAACAUACACCUAUAACAGAAAGUACUACUUCAAAAUCUUUAUAUUUUUUUGAAAUAGCAAAAUAUAUAUAUAAUACAAAGAAAAAAAUGUGUAUACCUGCAUUGCUAUGAGGCCAAAAUAUGUUUUUACUCCUAAUCUCAUCUAUUCUCUUUUAGGAUUACAUAUUGCUUUCACUUUCACAUUAUGAACACCAACAAUAUGUCCCUUUCCGAAUUCCAACCCUAAACCCAUUCAAUAAAUCAGUAAAUCGGUCAAUAAAAAAACUACAAUACCCAUGAUGCUUCAGUGAAGAAGAGAAGUCCUUGGAAUCUGUCUCCCACUGACAUGGUUGUUUACUACAAUACCCAUGAUGCUUCAGUUUACCCCCUACUGCUUCUGCACCUCUCAAAUCUCCAACUUGCUUUGGCUCCCCCACUUUCCACUUCUGUCUUCUGACUAGCUGCUAGCGCAUGGCGUCACAAUAGAGUGAGGGGUGUAGCUUUCUCCACCCCCUCCUUGGGCCUGCAGAGCCAAUGAGGAGAGAGAGUCUGGCAGGUGUAGGUGAGAACAUGGGACUGAUGCCUAUGAUGCCUGAGCGAUGACAAGAAUGAGCAGGGGAGAGUGUGUGGAUAAUCACCAACCCAAACGUAAACGUAAUAACGGAUCUCACGUGCCAUAUUCUUGCUGGGUAGAGUCUGUCGACCGUGACGUAGAAGAGUUUACGCUGUGAGUGUGUGUGUGGUAGAAGAGUUUUUAAAAGCCCAGCAAACAAUAAUGAACUUCUAAUGUCGUAGAGUAUUGUGUUUCUUCUCUUUUGUGUUUAGUGUUGAUUGUUUUUCACAUUUUUAACCAAAGUUGUGGAGUGUUAUUUUCUUCAGUCGUUUGGCGAUUUGGCGUUUUGAUGACCUUUUGAUGACCUUUGACUUGUCUGUGCUCCGGUAUCUUCUGCUGCCUUUUGUGGUCUGUGGUCAUGGUGCCCUCGUAAGUUUGUGUGUGUGUGUGUGUGUGUGUGUGUGUGUGUGUGUGUGUGUGUGUGUGUGUGUGUUAGUAUGUGAGUUUGUUCCUGGGUGUGUUCGUGCGAUGGACACACUCUCUGCCAAAGUCUCUCCGCCUAAAAGAAGACACACCCAAUGGCCGUGCGUGUGCCUGAUUGUUGCCGUAUGUGUGUGUGUGUGUGUGUGUGUGUGUGUGUGUGUGUGUGUGUGUGUGUGUGUGCGUGUUGUGUGUGUGUGCACUCAGCACUGAGACCACUCUGACUUCUCUCAUUCAUGCUUUUACGCAUUUGACCUCAAAUUGGUUGGUAACAUUCACAACAUAUUCACACACACACACACACACACACACACACACACACACACACACACACACACACAGCAUACAGUUACAGAAUGAAUUUUACAUGGCUAUAGGGACACUUUCUUUCUUUUUUGAGAAUCAGUGUGUGUGUGGGGAAAUAAAGAGUAUUGUUUUAAAUGUAUGUGAACAAUAUGAGUGGUAUAGCUCGUUCUGCGGCACUUGGCAAUCAUACAGUGAAUAAAUGUCAUAUCUGUUCGUGGAAACAAAAGGGACACAAGCACUAGGAGUCGUUAACAAAGCUGAAUCGGUCCUAUUUUAUUCAGCUUUCUGUCUGUGUUACAGAUGACGUUCGUGUCGUGUGCAGCUGCUCUCUCCAUUGUGGUUCCUAACAGCUAUCCUUCCUCUUCAAUAUAUUUGUAUAUACAGAAUUUGUUGUACAUGUCAUUGUAUACGUUGGGGAACAUGAUAUGAGAACACAACAGGAAUACACAUACACAUACACCCAUAUGCACUAAUGCUCGCAAAAUCACUUGUGCACAAACAUGCACAGACACACAGACACACACACACACACACACACACACACACACACACACACACACACACACAAACACACAUAUAUGAGACAACAGAGCUACUGGAAAACAAUGUCAAGUUGAAUAAAUUCUGUUUUACUCUCCUCCUGCUGCUGGUAAUGCACUGGUAACACCCCACAUGUCGCACGUUGAUGAUGUCACUGACUGGAGCAUUCUAGAACCCUCUCAUUGUGAAGUCACAGUGCAGAGUGGUUGGCGGCCGGCUUUGGAGAGUCCGUAGCCCAUUUGACAGGACCUGACCUCCACCUAGGCUGUCUGUUGGGUGUGUGAUCAUGGCCAUCAGUGGAGGACCACUGUGCAGUGAUUCAGACUGGCCGUUUUGUUUGUGUCCUCAGUUUUUAUAUGGUAAGCAGUACAACCCAGGGUGACUGAAUAGACUAACCAUUACUGAAAACACAACAACAACAACAACAACAACAACAAUAAUAAUAAUAAUAAUAAUAAUAAUAAUAAUAAUAAUAAUAAAAUAAAGCCAUCACCAACAGACAUCACUGGAUUUGUCUGUUUUCGAUUGGUCGUCUCCUUUUGCUGGUCUUCUGCUGUGUUUAAAAGACCAGCACACCUGUGCUGCUGCCAAACCCCAAACCACUUCCCCAUCCCUCCCUUACCGUCUGAGAUGGCAGCAAACGUUUGGUUUCCAUUGGUUUCACCCUGUCCUUCUUCUUGAUAUUCUAGUAGUGCUUUAGAGGUUACUGAAAAAUAACAAUGAACCUGCAACUAUGUUGAUGCAAAUCCAAAUUGAAAUAAACAUGGAUUGAUGUAUUUA